CCACUACUAUCAACAUUUAAACGGUAAUGUUCAAGUACCGUGCAGUGGCAAAUAAUGGGGGAAUACUUAAGGUGUAAUUUGGAAAAAAGGACGGCCAAUAGGAUUUUGAUUUGUAAUUAGCUCACCUGUGUAUAGUUUGAUUAACCAGGUGUAUAAUCCCUCCUGCUCCUCACCAGCGUCACCCUGCUAGCAAAAGCUAGCUAAUGUAGCAAAGAUUUUCGUAGCAUUGUCCUCAUAACAGAGUGUUUACGUUAUGGCGGUAGAUGCUCCAAGGCAAUGUUGUGUCUCAUCGUGUCGGACUGUUGCGCUUGUGUUGCUUCUCUUCGCUCUGGUGCCGAGUUUAAGAUGUUUUUCGUGGAAGGGUCUUGGUCACAGACCCCCACGCAAUUUAGCAAGUGAGGGUGUAAGGAAGGGCAAGAUUUUCUUCAAUGGGAAGCCAACAUCAGAAGGACUGUGGGACUUCAUGGAGCCCUCUCUGCAAUGUGGUUUACAUCAGAUGAGAUUAACAGUCCUGGGCCGUGGAGCUGCAGACUGGGGACUAGACCUGGGCAGUGGACAAUCCCAACCCUUGAGCAAGGCACUAGAAUCGUGUGGCUAUUUGCUCCAUCAGAAUGCUUUUGGCUUUGUGUUGGUAAUCCCUUAUGAUGGCUGCAAUGUAAUACAAGAGGAUGGCUAUUAUGUGUUGCCAAUGAGCUACCUGCGGACUUCAAUUACACUGGCGUGCCCCAUGACUGCCGCUUUGACCACUGGAGAUUCCAUCCCUCCAAUUGCCGGGAACACAUACCGAUCCAAGCGCUAUGCAGCCCCGGCAUUCUCCAGCUAUGACCCUUACCAACAACAUUAUUAUUCCUAUUUGUAUUACCUCUACUACAUGAAUAUGAUGGCAAAUCAUCAGUUUGGCCAACCAGUUUACAAUCCCAUGUAUUAUCCGUUACGCUACAGCCCGCCCAAGACCACCACUUCACCCCAAGUCGCCACUCAUGCUCCCUCUGACUCCAAUCAGAAAUUUGCAAUGCCUUAUUCCAUCUAUUCCCACUAUAUUCCUCCUCCCUACCCAAAUGCACCCUAUUGCCACAUGCCAGGUGCACUUUGUCCAAUAGCUUUUCCUCAAUAUUACCCAGGGCCGAACCAACCAAUAGAACCUACCCCAGCUCCAACUGUGGCGAGGCCGUCCACUGUGGCGUGGCCACCCACUGUGACAAAGGCGCCCACUAUGCCUACUACUACAUCUAGAUGCAAACAUGCAGGUACCCCUACCACCACAACUGUAUCACCUAGAUAUAAACCCACCACUACUACUGCCACCUCCACCUCCACCACCACUGCUACUAAAUCAAGGUGUAAACUCAGAACCACCACUUCAACCACAAAGAAUAGAAACUUUACCCCGUAUGCCGCAGCGCCCUUUGCACCAGAGGUUUCAUACAACACAAGAGGUGAAACGCCAAGCGAUCCUAAAAGUGUACCUCAGAGCAGCUACAAAUCUGGACCCCUACUGAACUACCAGUACUGGCAACAAGAGCCCUGGGUUCCUCAGGCUGUGGAUGAGGACCCCGACUAUGACUGGGAUGAUCUAGAUCCUUAGCUGGCGUGUAGUCCUGAUGCCAUUCAAUAAAUGUUUUAAUUAGAAGGUGGUCUGAAUGGUUCUUACACACAGGCUACCAUUUCAAAUGAAACCUUUGUCGUGAUAUGUAGAGUACCCCACCUCCAGUAUGUUUAACUGCAGUAUAUGUACUCUGGAUGUGCUCUGAAUCAUGUACAAUGUCCUUUCAGCUACAAGGCAACUGUCUAUUGCUGUGAUAUACAGUAGUUACCAAAGUGAGCUAAAAUCACACCUUUUUUCUCAUAUUUUGACCUUUUUUCUCAAAUGUACUGACAUUUACAAGAACCGGAUGGAUGAGUAUUUUGACUUUUAAAGUCGCAUAUUUACGUCAUUAAUACUUCAACUAUGCAAUUCUUUUCUUAAUGACUAUUUUUCUAAUAUCCUUAUUUUUGUCAACACACAGCUAUUAUAUAACUGGCAACACAAGUACACCUCACAGUGAACAUCCAAUGUCCCUUGAGAAGAAUGUUUUUGAAAUAUUGUAGCUAGGGAUGGAUGGUGGGUUACGUUGGGGUAAUCUACUACCAUGCCUGUGUAUUUUUUACUUAAGUAUAUUUAGCAUGUUUGGCUAUCAGCUUUUCUUCCAUAACUAAAAAAGGGCAUGAAAUGUAAUUGAUGAUCCUAUGUUGCUUUGGCUUUUCCUGUGAAACCUGCCCAGGCUUUCCAGUGCGCAUGCACACACCCCAUUCUGUCUCUUCCCAUAUAUUUCCACAUGGUGCCAUCUCCUCUGGGCACCCCUGCCACGAUGCACAUCUAUACACAUCACUGGAGCUGGGCCGCACGUGACUGCCCAGUCAUGUUGUGCUGCAGAAGCAGGGAUGUGUGCUUGUGAUGCUGCUCCUUCACUAUUGAACCUCCCUGAAGACGAGCAAAGACCUCACUUCAUGCAGCCUGGAAUGUUUAUAUCGUGUGGUCCCCAAGCAUUGGAGAGAGACAGCUCUUGUUUCAUUAAAGGAUGUUAUUGGGCAAUUGUUGCCAUUCUGCCAUGAAGGGAACAUAGACACAUCUCACCUCUGACAUCCCUGACAAUCUUUACAUGGAGGAAGACUAUGAUGUGGACAUGGAUGAAGUAUUCAUGGGAAGGGUCACAGCAGGUCACUGGUGGAUGGACUUGGGGAAGGAGGACAUCAUUGAAGCCGAAAGAGGCUCCAUGGUGAACAGUCGCAGCUGGGCCGAGGAGCUUCAAGAGUGUUACAAUGGAGGACAAUCCAGACUGUCCAGCAUCUCGGCCCAGAGGAAUGAGAGAGAGUCAAUCAGGCAGAAACUUGCUCUCGGCAGUUUCUAUGACGACGAGCCAGUCAUCUUCACCAGUUGCAGCAAAAACGACUCGUCCUCUCGUUUGCAAAACCUGCAGGUGUGUUUUGUCAACGACAGCAGCAGCGACAAAGACAGCGAUGCGGAGGACAGCAGGACAGAAACCAGUCUGGAUACACCUCUGUCACCUGUGAGCAAGCAGAGCUCAUCGUUAUCUGAUCGAGACACAGCAGAGGAGGAUUCAGAUCCAUUAGAUGACUGCGGCGGGUUCUGGCGGGUGCAGCGGAGGCUCCAGGAGGAGGCCCGGGUGGCACUGGCUCUGGCGAGACCCAUGGCCAAGAUGCAGGUGGAGGUGGAAAGGCAAAUACAGCUACACAGACGCUCACCUGUGGCAGAUCUGCUUCCCCACUUGCCUCACAUCAGCGAAGGCUUGAUGAAGAGGAAUCUGAGGCGAGGGGACAUGAGGGAUAUGAGUCUUGGGCAGCUCCAAGUCAUCACAAAUGACAUGCACUCGCAGAUCCAGAGUCUAAAUGAGGAGCUGGUGCAGCUCCUCCUAAUGAGGGAUGAGCAGCAUGUAGAGCAGGAUGCCAUGCUGGUGGACAUCGAAGACCUCACCAGACAUGCUCACAGCCACCAGCGGCACCAGGCAGAGAAAGCCAACGCUAAAUAAAUUCCUCCUGUGUGUCCAUCUGCACGCCAUCCGACUUAGUACUCACUCCAUCGAUUGUCCCUUGUGUUGCCACGGAAACUCCAUCUGUGCUGUCUCUGGAGGAAAAAAAGAGAGCAUAUAGUUAAGUAUUGCACCACUGGAUGUCGUCCAAGGACAUAAAUGAAGCUUAUGGAGGGGAGUUUUAAACAGGCACAGCUGAUAGGCUUUUCACUCCCAUUGGAUUCAUAAUAGUAAUAAUAACUGCUGGAUUUAGUUCAAAGAAUUAAGGGAAUCUUCUUGACAUAAUUCCAUCCGGAGACCAAUUUGUCAUCUCAUUGGUUUUUCAAUGUACAUUUUCAGUACAAAAUGAUGGUUUGGAAGGGAGCAGAUGCACGGAAAUUGAGUGUUGUAAUAGAAAAUCAUUAAAUCUGUCAGUCCAAGACAGCGCUGAUUUGCAGCUUAGCUUCAAUGUGACGUUCUAAUGCUGCAACAUUACUGAGAAUCACACAAAACUGGAUGUAAAAAAUGCUGCUAGUGCACACUUUAUUUGUGCUUUUUUUAUUUUUUCAAAUACGUCACGGAAAACAUGCAGGAUAGAGAUUUGGGGCGAAAUGGGAGCGACAGAGCAAAAAUAGAGGUAUGAUGAACUGCCUCAAAAUAAACAUGCGGUGAGAGGCUCAUUUUGCUAGGUAAGCAUAAAUCUGUAAAACAAAACAUUCGUAAAAUCCUGCACUUGACAUAUCUAUUUUAUGUAAGAUUAUGGACAUGAAGGAUGCCAAAGAGAAGGAAGCAACCACUUAUUGGUCAUGAAUAGUGUGUCCUUUUUACAUGCUGUCAACUUUCUUUUUCUAUUGUAUGCCAUGUACUGUAUGAUGAUUGUAAAGAAAUUAAACAUUUUAAAUGUGA